CACGCUGACUCGACGCCUGGCCGAAUAAAUUUUCACUCCACCACAUCUGCUCCAACCAGAGGGCGCCUGGCUGUGUAUCCGUGGUUACUGUGACAGAUGCAUUAUGGGAUGUAGACAUGGCAGCUUCCAAUGAAGGAUUGUGCGAAAACAUAAAACGUUCACGCGACGAAUUCUUCAAAGCUUCGCUGUGUUACAGGAGUUUUCGGGACACCGCGGGAGGUGCUGCGACUCCGUGUGGACGUGUUAAAUCAACCCAACCUGUCUGGUCAGAACCGCCGCAGCCGCCAUGCCCGGUGAUGAUAAACCACAACAGGCCCGGCAAAGGAAGAAGAGCAAAAAGUCCCGGUCCAAUAGGAAGAGUCCUAGUGGGAGUCCCACUGCCCGUCUUCCAGACAUCCUAGAUGCACAAGAUGACCUCAUAUCACCCCAGCUUCUCCAGCCGUCCCCUAAAAAGCUGCCAGAGGAGAGGCCCAAAGUGGAGGAGGAGUCAGCCACUGCGAUCUGUCUCCAGGUGCUCUUCCCCUACCUGCUGGCUGGGAUGGGGAUGGUGAUGGCCGGCAUGGUGCUGGACAAUGUACAGCACUGGGAGGUGUUCAAGGUGAUAACGGAGGUUUUCAUCCUGGUUCCGGCUCUCGUCGGCCUCAAAGGGAACCUGGAGAUGACGCUGGCUGCUCGACUCUCCACCGCCGCCAACACGGGCCAAAUGGAUGACCCAGACAAGCAGUGGACCAUGGUGUGCAGCAACCUGGCUCUCAUUCAGGUCCAGGCCACGGUGGUGGGCUUCCUGGCGGCAGUGGCAGCCAUCUGCCUGGGUGCGAUCUCCAGAGGAGGAGUAGAGCUGGACCAGGCGGCCGUCCUGUGCGCCAGCAGCAUCACCACUGCCUUCGUAGCUGCUCUGUCCCUGGGCCUGGUGAUGAUCGGAGUGAUCAUCGGCUCCAGGAAGGUGGGAAUCAACCCGGACAAUGUGGCCACGCCCAUCGCCGCCAGCCUGGGGGAUCUGAUCACGCUGUCCCUGCUGGCCGGGGUCAGCACCACGCUCUACCAGUAUAAAGACCUCUGGUACCUGUCCCCCUUGGUGUGCCUGCUCUUCCUGGCUCUGAUCCCGCUGUGGGUGGUGUUGGCCCGUCAGAGUCCGCAGAUCAAAGAGGUUCUCCGCUCUGGCUGGCAGCCUGUUAUAGUAGCCAUGUCCAUCAGCAGUUUUGGGGGUCUUAUCCUGGACAAGACAGUGAGUGACCCCAACUUUGAGGGGAUGGCGGUCUUUACACCUGUCAUUAACGGAGUGGGUGGAAACCUGGUGGCCAUCCAGGCCAGCAGGAUUUCAACAUACCUUCACUUCUGGAGCGCUCCAGGUGUUCUGCCCAGUAAGAUGAGCCAGCACUGGCCCAACCCCUGGGUCAGCUUCUUCUCUUCAGGAGUGAACUCUAAGUCGGCGCGUGUGCUGCUGCUGCUGGUCGUACCCGGGCACCUGGUCUUCCUCUACGCCAUCUCUCUGCUGCAGGGAGAGGAGGCUCCCAUCACCACAGCCUUCACCAUCUGCUACCUGUGUGCGGCUCUGCUCCAGGUAGCCAUUCUUCUAUACGUAGCCGAUCUCAUCGUCCGUCUGAUGUGGAGACGAAGUCUGGACCCCGACAACUUCUCCAUCCCGUACUUGACCGCUCUGGGGGACCUUCUGGGAACCGGCUUCCUGGCCCUCUGCUUCCGCUGUGUCUCAAUGAUUCACAGUUUGGGCCUGUGAAGUUUUUCCCACUAAUCCCUGAACAAAUGCUGAGAUAAUACCUGUCUUACUGCACCACUUUUAUUUUUUUAUUUUUUUUUAAGGCAAUUUUGAGAGUUUCUUCCGAUCUUGAUCACUGAGCCAGUUCAAACUGAAGCGCUACAAACCCAGGCCUUUACUUUCACUCUCUAGAGGAACAGCAGUGGAGUCCCUGCGGUGAGCGGUUGGCCUCAGUUUGGACUUGGGUUUACAGAAAGGACUUAGAGCUGCCAUCUUUAGGCGGGACACUCUAUGCAUGUGUGCUGGAGGACAUACAAGUUGCUACACAGUAAUUAGUAAUUGGAUUGAAUAUGAGCGAAGAGUUCAGUUUGCGUUACGCCUCACAUGUCCUGCUGCGUGAGGUUAAGUAGACGGGGAUGUUUCUGUAUCUCCUUCACAAGCUUUUAUCUCAU